ACCGUUUUUUUUAUCACCCAGUAGGUAAGAUCUUACUUGCAGCCUCGCAUGACGUUAUCCAGCCUUACGCGAUCUGCAUAGCUCUGUUGUGUACCCCACCAGAGCUUGAAGCAACAGAAGCUUUCACUAUGUACUUCUCUCAUUCGCAUUCAAUUCAUACUAAAAAUGUCGGCACAACAAAUACCAAAUCUUCUCUCAUUGCGAGGCGGACCUCGGUCGCGUGGUAGAGGUAGAGGCCAGGGACUACGUGACCCUUUAAAUCCUCAUUCGGAGGUUUCUUCGAAUCGCAGAGAUAAUGCCAUUCAAGGUACCGAUACUGAUGCAGCCGUAUCUCGCCUUAGUGCAGUCAAUCUUGGGUAUCUCGAAGAUCCUUUUGCUCGUUAUUUUGUCAAUGGAAGUGGGACACGAAGGCUGCCAAUCAUAAAUCGAGGUUCGUUAGCCUUCGUUACUGCGAGUGCAGUCCACUGAUCUGUACGGAACCAGCUAAUCUGUGACUUGUAAUAGGUACAUACUCUCGUACCACUGCUCUAGACCUCCUCAUCGAAACUUUUCUAUCUCAAUCCGAAAAUUCUACUUCACAGCGAAAACAAAUAAUAUCAUUGGGAGCAGGAACAGAUACCCGCUAUUUUCGUUUGCGAGCAAAGAACUUGCAUAAGGAUGUCAUUUACCAUGAAUUUGAUUUCCCAUCCGUGUGCGCCGCGAAAAAUCGGUUAGUACAGCAGAACCAUGCAGAACUCAUUGGCACUGAAAGGUUCUUCGAAAUGGGGCAAAGUGAUAGUGAGAUUGCACAACCCAUGAUGGCGACGGGGACACAGGGAAGUCGUGAAUGGGGGCUCGGUCGCACCAUCGAUGGUCAUUCAGAAGUUGGAUAUGUGUGCCACCCUUUGGACCUCCGCAAACUCCCUGCUAUCGUUGGUCUUGAUUCAUUCCAUGGCAUCAAAUGCGACCUACCAACACUAAUAGUAUCAGAAUGUUGUUUAUGUUAUCUUGAGGUAGAUGUGGCACAGGAUGUAAUUAAGUGGUUUACUAACAAGAUACCAAGCAUUGGGAUCGUUCUUUAUGAGCCAGUCGGAGUACACGAUGCAUUUGGACAAAUGAUGGUAGAAAAUCUUGCAUCAAGAGGAAUUGUUAUGCCUACGGUGCAGAAAUACAAGACACUUAAGGAUCAGAAAGAUAGAUUAGUAGGUCUUGGGUUCGGCACUGCGGAGGGCGGCAUUAAUGCCGUAAGCAUAGAAAAUGUCUGGGAAGAUUGGGUUGCAGGAAGAGAAAGAGAAAGAGUGGAUAGACUUGAGGGCUUGGAUGAAGUUGAGGAAUGGUUACUUUUGGCGAGACACUAUUCUGUUGUCUGGGGUUGGACAGUCAGCUCGGGAUUCGAGAGACUAAAAGCGCUCAAUCCUUGACCGUGGAUGAUGAUCUGCCCAUGCACAUUUAAAAAUAUAUAAUGCUGGUCCGGGGCUGGAAAUUUUCGCUUUCUUUGUUCUUGGACCUUGCCAAACCAGAGCGAACGUAUUUUUGCAACGAUGAUUGACGUUGCCUAGAUUCAUUACCACACCAUCUAUCGCCCCUAAAGUUCUUGUAAGAGUGCCGCUCACUCUCCAUACCUGAAGCGUUCGUGCCGCCGCCAAUCAACUUCAUUUUGCCACUAAGAUCGAAGUCUGGGCUAGCAUAGCCACUAGUCCGAAAUUCCUCAAUAAGAGCUCCGUCCAGUAUCCCGCCUUGUUCAGCUGCAGUAUCCCUCAACAACUCCAAAUCAUUCUCAUCCUUGAUACCUUUGAUUUCCUCCUUACAAGGAGUCGCUUCUCGAUCUUUUGCCGCAAGAAACAGGCGCACUAGACGAUCCACAAACUCUGCAACAUAUUCUAUGCUCGAUUCGAACUUUGUCUUUUGUUCACCACCCGCUUGAACUCCUACUCAAGAUUUGCUUUUAGCCACGUUCCGAAUUGGGGUAUGAAAUGCGUGGAUGGUUGCAGGUUUUUGGAAGAACUUUGCCGAGGUCUUAUAGAUCUUCGUGUUGAUUGUAUGUUUUGUGAAUAAGGAUGAAAAACAAGUUGUAAGGUAUAUUUGGUGAUAUCGUAUUAAAGCUACCGGCUCUGUUUAUGUCAAUCCUUCAUCCGCCGGCCAUGUGCGUGACUGGGAGUGUGCUUUCGGUUUUUAGGGUUUCAUUAUACAUGGGGGUAAUGUGUGAUGCAAGGAAAACUGAGUAUGGCGGCAUGAAAGCACAGCACAGGGGAUAAGAAUCAUGCCUUAAAACUCAGAGAACUCCAAGAGAAUUCAUAACGUGAAGGAUAUGGGAUCAUUACAAUGCUUAAAGGUAGUCUGCGAUCGCCAAAAACGGAAGAUAUGGCUCCAUCAAGACUCCUACACCCACAGCAUUAUGGCCAGACUCGGCCUCCCCCGGCAAGAAAUGCCCAAUCACUCCUUAGAGUGGUAUUAACUCGGAGAUAUGACAAUCUUGCGACACCAGAUGGCAUUGCCGAACAUUAAGCUAAAAAUUGAUCGUCUAAUUUAUCCUUCAACUGUAACCCGAGCAAAUGCAAGAUCUCAGUUUAUGCGGCGAGCCAUUUAGCUCAAUUCAUGCAAAAUCUGUCGUCUGUGCAUAGGAAUGACGUUGAUCACGAUUCACUCUGUCGCGCAGGUUUUUCAUACACAAGCUAUGUCAAAGGAGCAAAUAUUUCCUCAAACUUUUAGUUUCGCACGCUCGAGAUGACCACUUACAAGCCUAUUAAAUGCAAUUUGGUGCCAACUACUCUGUGCUUCAAAAGCAAAAUGCCUCGUCAUGUAUUUGCAUAAUACCAAGCCCGCUCUCACGAUGAGACUGCCACAGAUGAUGGACACUAUAGGUUGUAUCAUGCCAC